UCGAUGGCAGUUGCGUUUAGUUGUAGACACUUAGGGAAGGAGGGCCAGUGCGUAGUGACAAGAAUGAACAUGUGAAGUCGUCGAAAAGAGAGAGAGAGAGAGAGGGAGAGAGAGAAAAAGAAAGAAAGAAAAAGAUAAGAACAAAUAAAAGUGGGUGAGAGGAAGAAGAAAAGAUAGAAGGAAGGGGCGGAGGAGGAAGCAAAGGUAGUUUGCAAGCGUCUAUCACGUAUGUCGUAUCAUUAUUGUACCUACCGGCGACAAAAUAAAGAAGAAAAUUAAUAAUGUUUAAAUACUGUUGAAAUCGUGAUAUAUUCGAAAAGAGAAUAAAAAAAAGAAAAAAAAUCUCUCUAAGCGUUCGAUUAUUUAUUGGUGAUAUCGAUCGAGAAGUUUAAUCAUUUUAAAACGCAUACAUUCCCUAGAACAUUUCUCUUAGUUUACCUUUGACAAUCAUUAGUAAGAUAUGUUGACCGAUUACCUUUGCCGUCGGAGCUCCCCUCAGUGGCGCGUCUCACGAUUGGAUCAAGAAAAAUAAAAGAUUUCGACGAAUUCUUGGGAAGAAGAAAAAGAAGAAGAAGAAGAAGUAGUAGGGGAGAGAAAGAGAAGAGAAAAGAGAAAGAAACAAAGGUGGAGGAGGAAGAGAAAAACGCUUUAGUGGGAUCGAUAGAUCGAGCGUAGGGGCUACACACUGUGACUAGCGAUCGUGGGUGUGGAUGUUGGGUACGAGUGUGCUUUCCCAGCCGCGUGUGCCUGCUUUGGUGCGUGCGUGCUUGUAUCGUGCGCGAGCGUGUUUGUACAUCAAGAGAAGAGAAGAGAAGAAAAGAGGAAGCGACGCGUGAAUACGACGACGAGAACGACGACGAGGACGAGAACGAGAACGAAGAAGACGAGGACGGCGACGGCGAGGAAAACGACGACGACGACGACGACGACGACUACCACUAUUACUCCUACUCCAACUAUUCAAGGUGGAACAAAGCGAGCAAUAUCAGCUUCAAAAGGAAGAAAAAGGAAGAAAAUUAUUGAAGAUCUUUUUCGAAGAAGGAUCUUACGUAGUUGCUGCACGAUUCGACAGUAUGGAAGGUAGUUCCCAGCCACCGGCAUCGUCAUCGGAUAUAAUUAUGGGAAAGGAGAAGGAGGAAGAAUCUAAGAUACGUAGUAGAACAACUGUUGUCGAAGAGUCCGCUGCUGUUGCUGCCGCCGCCUUGGUGACCUCCUCUCCUGGUGUCUCGUCCUCCUUCUCUCCCUCUUCAACAUCUUCCUCUUCUUCCGUCUCGUCUUCCUCGCCAUCCUCGCCAUCCUCCGCUUCUUCCUCCUCUACCUCUUCUUCAUCCUCCUCUUGUCCCCCUUCUUCUUCCUCCUCUUCCUCCUCCCCCUUUUCCUCCGCCUCCUCAAUAUCCUCCUGGUUAAAUUCACCUGACCCUACCUUACCCAACGAACCGGACUAUCAUCAUCGUCCUCCUGCUGCUGGUCGGCCCUCCAGUCUAAGGUCUAAUUCUUCUUCGCCGAUCCCUAUCACAUCCCCGUCCCCGCCAGGGUGUGGCUGCGUCGUGGCUGCAGCCGUCGAAUCCGACGAGAUCACCAUCAGCAUCACCCCAACUACUGGUGGACAAUUCGAUCUUACAGUAGAUCGAUCCGAAACUAUUGAAAAUCUUAAGAAAAAUAUUUCUAAAAGACUCAAGGUCGCUAAAGAACGCAUCUGUUUAUUACACCUCGAGAGAUUGCUACGCGAUGGAACUCUCGAGGAAAAUCGUUUGCAAGAUGGAAGUAGACUCACAUUAUUGCCGAGCGUGGAAACAGGAUUAUUGGCACAACGACCAGAGCAAAGUGUAAUGCAAGCAUUGGAGAGUUUGAACGACUCGCAGGUGAACGACUUCUUGUCUGGAAAGGCACCUCUAAAUCUGACGAUGCGGUUGGGCGAUCACAUGAUGCUGAUUCAACUGCAGUUAUCGACGGUGAGAGUGCCUUUACCAGGUAGCAAUCAAACGAACGGCAGUGGUACUACUAGCUUGACUGUCGGUGGAGGCGGGAGCGGAGGGGGAGGAGGAGGUGGCGGCGGGGGAGGAGGAAACAACAUCGGUGGAAAUGGGCCGAAUCUUUCGACGAAUCACGUACCGCCCUCGCUUCAAAGUAGGCGAUCAGCGUUGUUGGCUGCACGUUCUACUGCGAGCACAUCAUCGAAACUUCAACGAGGAAGCGCAGCAGCACCCCGUACGUCCUCCCUCGUAAGCCGUUUGGCAUCGGCUUUACAUGCUGCGGCGAGCUGCAGCACGAGUUUAUCAACAGCGACCAAAACGACAAGUUCAGUUUGUUCCAGUCGCGCUACCACUGCGUUUUCGGCAACCAACUGUUCGAGUAUGUGCCAGUCUCGAUUCCUCUACCAUCAUCAUCGUUACCACAGUCAUCAUCACCAUCAUCAUCACCAUCAUCACCACCAUCACCGCUAUCAUUCGAGGUAUAAGACAACUUGUACCUCGUCCUGUACAUCUCACCCUUCCUGUUCAUCUUUAACAUCAUCUCCUUCUCCUUCUCCUUUACCCUUACCCUCCGGCGUCAUCUCUUCUUCUUCUUCAACCACCUGCUCCUCUACUACUACUGCCGCCGCCGCAGCCGCAGCCGCUGCUGCCGCCUCCGUUGCCACUAACGCUGCCACUUCUGCUGCCACCGCCGCCGCCGCUGCUGCUGCUGCUGCUGCUGCUGCUGCCGCUGCUGCUGCUGCUGCUGCUGCCGCUGCUGCUGUUGCUACCACUACUACUACUACUACCUCAUCCUCGACCAUUUCCAUCGACCAUUUGCAACAAUCUACCUCCAUCAAUUACACAUGCUCCGAGUCAACAUCCUCUUCUUCGUCAUCGUACGAUGUAACGACGCCAGCAAGCAAAAAGCUUUGUACCGCUCAUCACGUCCAUCAGUCGUCCCUUGAAACGUCGUUGAGGAGAAACGGAGAGGACGCCAUCGGUGACAUUACCUCGUCGCAGACUUCUCCUCUAGCCUCAUCUCUUAUCGACAAAGGUGCAAAGCUCGCCCUAGACACCCGAGCAUUAGCCGAGGCAUCUCGUAAUUUGACGCAGAAACUGAAGCAGCUCUCCUCUGAGGUAUUCACCUCGCGGGUCGACCUCGCAGAGGAAAAUGCGAGACAUAGGCAAGGAGCCAUGAUAGAAAGUAUGCAUCAUCACGGGAAAGGUGUAUAUUCUGGAACCUUUAGUGGGACUAUUAAUCCAGCGCUUCAGGAUCGACAUGGUCGUCCCAAACGAGAUAUUAGUACUAUUAUUCAUAUCUUAAAUGAUUUAUUAUGUGCUACACCUGCGGCUACAGCAGGUCACUAUAGGCAUCAUCAUAGGCAUUCGAAUAGUCGUCAACAAUGUUCUUCUGGAUCUAAUGGUGUACCAAAUUCAGGAAAUGGAACCUCUGUUGGCGUUGGUUGCCAUGAUUCAAACGGAUCAGGACAUUCUUUGGAAGAAUUGUCGAAAGAAAACGAAGCUACUAAAGGAAAAAUGCGACGUUUGCGUUUAGUCAUGGAACAACGUCGUACCAAAAGGAAAGCCAGAAGAGAAGCACGUACAGCACCUCAUGCUGCACAAUGGGCUGCUAUGACAUCCGAUUCUAUUUCAAAUCAUGAUACAAGUGCUACAACAGCAUCUUCUACUUCGAACAGCUCGAACACAGCAGAAUCGCAAAAUGAAUCGGAACUACAGCCGUGCAGUCCCGAACCAGUCGUUGCUUGAUUUUAUUAAUAUUCUUAAUUACUAUCAUUAGUUAAUAUUAUUAUUAUGAGUCACGCUCAUCCUAUAAUAAUAUUAGUACUUUUGUUUUAAAUGAGUAAAUAUAACGAGCUUCAUUGGGUAUAAUAUCACACUGAUUUAUUAUUGUAGGUGUUGGAGCCCUGGUUGAUUGAUUGAUUAAUUAAUUAAUUAAUUAAUUGUUGAAUCGAUGCGUCAUGUACAUAUGUACCUAUUAAGUUUCCCUGGCGAUUCUAAAAAUUGUUAUUUGUAAAAUAUGAUUUUCAUAAGUAACGAAUGAAAAAUUGGAAAUUGGUUACUUCGUAGACUCGUUAAUCGAGAUGAUUAUCUGUUUUUUACUUUUAUAUAUCUAUAUUUGCAUUUUGCUGUUGUCACGCGAAAAUUAUUCGAUUCUUUUUUAUUAUUAUUUUUUUUUUAUUUUCUGUUUCUAAUUUUGUUUUUUCUUUGUUUGGAAAAUAUAAUAUAUGUUUAUUAUGGUUGUUAUUAUUAUUAUAAUAAUUAAUAUUAUUAAAUUAAUGAAACAGGCGAUUAAAAUUGAGUAUACUCAGGACUCGACUGUAGUUGACAAUAAUUGUAUCUUGCUGAUAAGUCAGUGUGAGACCAGUAUAAACUCGAUCAUGUCAAUAAUAACAGUAGAACGAUUGAUGUAAAAAUGAAAAUGUUUGUUAAAGAAUUUUAUUCGAAAAUAGGAUGGCACUUCAGAUAGAAUGUUUUUACAUCUAUAGAAAUAAUUAAUUCUUCAUAGAUUUAAAAAGCAAAAAGAAAAAACAUAAAUAAAAAUAAAAAGUAUUAGGUGUAGCAAUUAAUUCGGUUUCUUGAUAUUAAAUCCAUUGCAUCCAAAUCGCCAUCUUUUUUUCGUCAAUGAAUUCAGUAGCUGCUUGAAAGGUGGAUGGAUUAAAGCCAUCGUAAAUAAUGGAAGAUAAGUUGAAGAAUAACAUUUUAUAAAUAAAUAUUUCAUAAAUAACUAUAUUAACUUUAUAAAAUACUUGAUAGGAAUUAAUAACUUUAUAAAUAAACACUAAAUUUGUUUAAAAGGCACCGAAUUAAUUGCUACAUUGAAUAUAUUCACAUCAUUUUGAUCAUGGCUAUCAGAGUUUUUGUUCCAUGAUAUCUAUGUAUUAUACUUUUACUAUUGGCAUGCAGAGAAAUUUUGUAUAGUAGAUUUCGUUUAAAAUAGAAAUCUUGCAAAAUUUUUCGUUAUAGCGCGAGAUCCUUAUUAGCAAUGCAAAAGGAUAACAAUAUCUCAAUAAAAAGAAAAAAAUUCAAUAGCAAAUUUGUAUCAAAAGAAAAUCUAAACAAAUUGUUUUUUCUACAUCUAAUCGCAAUAAUAUGUACAUAGAAUGUAAGGGUUGUUUUUAUAAAUUAUUAAUUCUGUUUCAUUUUUACAAAUAUGUUUUACUUAAUUAGAAAAACAAAAAUCAAGAUUAAAUAAUAUUAUAUACGUAUGGUUCACUUCAAUAUUUACAAGAACAUUCGUAAUAUUAACUAUUGCAAUGUAAUGCAAAAAGAGAGUGAGAGAGAGAGAGAGAGAGAGAGAGAGAGAGAGAGAGAGAGAGA